AUGGAACCAUCACCAGAGAUGUACGCGAUACUCCUACCACUCCUCAGUAUCAUCUCCUUCAACCUCGCCCUCUGCAUCAUCAUGUGCUACUUCAUCCGCCGCAGACGUGUUCCCGACGAAGAAGCAAUCAAGCUCAUGGAGACCAAGCCAAAUCUCGAGCGAGGCAUGCUCGUCGAAAUCAUCUCCAUCUACCGUGACGGCAUCGAAAUAUACACAAGAGACAAAGCACCCGCCAGUCAACGUCUGUACUACCAUCCUUCACUCAAGGACCCCGAGCAGGCUCACAUGUACCUCCACGACGUCCCAAUACCCCCCAAACGAUCAAUAGACGAUCUACGAAGAGAACUAGCCGCAGGAAUACGCUGGUUAUACCGAUCUCACACCUAA